AUAUUUUGUAUUGCAUUGCUUAACGAUCAGGUACUGAUUUACUCACAAAACAAAAUGUGUGAUUUUUUUAACAAUUUAUUACAGUUAUUGUUUGUAUAUAGAGUCUCUCAGUGGUCAAACAGUUAUUGUAUACUGACUUUGCGCUUCGUAGAUUGUAUAACACUGGAAAAUAAACCCUUACACAAAACGUAAGUUAACAAGUUGCACGGAACGCAUAGGGCAUGGACCAUACACGUGCAUUGGUUACCAACAUACAAGGACAUGGACCAUACACGUGUAUUGGUUACCAACAUUCAAGGACAUGGACCAUACACGUGUAUUGGUUACCAACAUACAAGGACAUGGACCAUACACGUGCAUUGAUUACCAACAUACAAGGGCAUGGACCAUACACGUGUAUUGGUUACCAACAUUCAAGGGCAUGGACCAUACACGUGCAUUGGUUACCAACAUACAAGGACAUGGACCAUACACGUGCAUUGGUUACCAACAUACAAGGACAUGGACCAUACACGUGCAUUGGUUACCAACAUACAAGGACAUGGACCAUACACGUGUAUUGGUUACCAACAUUCAAGGACAUGGACCAUACACGUGUAUUGGUUACCAACAUACAAGGACAUGGACCAUACACGUGCAUUGAUUACCAACAUACAAGGGCAUGGACCAUACACGUGUAUUGGUUACCAACAUUCAAGGGCAUGGACCAUACACGUGCAUUGGUUACCAACAUACAAGGACAUGGACCAUACACGUGCAUUGGUUACCAACAUACAAGGACAUGGACCAUACACGUGUAUUGGUUACCAACAUACAAGGACAUGGACCAUACACGUGUAUUGGUUACCAACAUACAAGGACAUGGACCAUACACGUGUAUUGGUUACCAACAUACAAGGACAUGGACCAUACACGUGUAUUGGUUACCAACAUUCAAGGGCAUGGACCAUACACGUGUAUUGGUUACCAACAUACAAGGACAUGGACCAUACACGUGCAUUGGUUACCAACAUACAAGGACAUGGACCAUACACGUGUAUUGGUUACCAACAUUCAAGGACAUGGACCAUACGCGUGUAUUGGUUACCAACAUUCAAGGGCAUGGACCAUACACGUGCAUUGAUUACCAACAUACAAGGGCAUGGACCAUACACGUGUAUUGGUCACCAACAUACAAGGGCAUGGACCAUACACGUGUAUUGGUCACCAACAUACAAGAAAAUUAUACUAAAUAUCUAAGUCGCUUAACCAAUGAAUAGAUUGAGCACUGUUUUUAUACAUGUUAUGAUCAUUAGCGUAGGAGUUUACUUUUAGUUAUAGUUCAUACUUUGUUUCUCGAGAAUUAUUUACUUUAUGUAUGCUGUGUUUAACAUGUGUAAGGUUCGGAUAUCUAUCAACAUAUAUUUGUUUCUCAAUAUUUUCAGUAAAAGUGCAGGAAACUGCAUGCACUUUGCUUAACAGGAGUAUUGACUUUAAUUAAAUUCUUUGCAGUGGAAAUCCUGGGCGAAAUCCUGGGCGAAAUCCUGAGCGAAAUCCUGGGGGGAAAUCCUGAGCGAAAUCCUUGGGGGAAAUCCUGGGCGAAAUCAUGGGCGAAAUCUUUUUUUUAAAUGCACACGAUUUAUUUUAAGUUAAUUGAAAUUCAAACAUUUGUUUGGUCUAAAACUAACUUCCAGAUCAUUUCAAGCCCAACUUAAAGGCUAUUUUUAAAACAUCAACAUAUA